AUGUCACUGCAGGACAUCAAACACAUCGCCCUUGUUCUAUCCGGCAAGGGUGGCGUGGGAAAAUCCAGCGUGACCACACAACUCGCUCUCUCGCUGUCAUUACAAGGUCACUCUGUCGGCGUGCUAGAUGUCGAUCUCACAGGGCCUUCAAUUCCACGGUUCUUUGGCAUCGAAGCUUCAAGGGUCACACAAGCACCUGGAGGCUGGCUACCGGUCCCAGUUCACGAAUCGAGAGUGAUUGGGGAAGACAGCCAAAAGGUCGGAGAGCUGAGGUGCAUGUCCCUGGGCUUUCUCCUGUCCAACAGAGGCGAUGCGGUUGUCUGGCGAGGACCGAAGAAGACUGCCAUGAUUCGACAGUUCCUCACGGAUGUUCAGUGGGGAUGCAUGGACUAUCUCCUCAUUGAUACGCCACCAGGAACCAGUGACGAGCACAUUUCCCUCGUGGAAACACUACUCAAGUCUGCCCGACCUGAGCAGAUGGCUGGAGCGGUGAUUGUUACAACACCACAGGCCAUCAGUAUCAGCGACGUGAAGAAGGAGAUCAACUUCUGUCGGAAGGUCGGCGUCAGUAUUCUGGGCGUGAUUGAAAACAUGGCUGGCUUCGUAUGUCCAAACUGUUCCGAAUGCACCAAUGUCUUCUCCAAAGGCGGUGGGGCAGUCAUGGCAACAGAGUUCCAAGUACCAUUCCUCGGCAGCUUACCCAUUGAUCCAAUGUUCAUUCGCCUGAUUGAGGAGGGGAAGCGGCCGCACUAUCCUGAGGGAACCAUCAUAGAAGGUCGCGACAUGCAAGCGAAUGCCACUUCACCAACAGAGGCGGAUGAGACGGGAGGCUUGCUUGUUGAAAAGUAUACGGCAUGCUCCUUGCAUCCUAUUUUCAAGGGUAUUACGAAGCAGCUCACUACGGUAAUCGAACGAUGA